UCGCCUCAGCCCCGGUAACAGUUCACCCAGGGGCGCCAUGGUAACGGCGACGUAUUUCCGCCCCUCGCACCCUCUGAUCCGGAAGCGAUCGCAGCCGCUCUCUAGCUGCCGCGCUGCCGCCAUGAAACCGAUCCUGCUGCAGGGCCAUGAGCGCUCCAUCACGCAGAUCAAGUACAACCGGGAGGGAGACCUGCUCUUCACCGUGGCCAAGGACCCCAUUGUCAACGUGUGGUAUUCAGUGAAUGGAGAGCGGCUUGGCACAUACAAUGGCCAUACAGGAGCUGUCUGGUGCGUGGAUGCAGACUGGGACACACGACACGUGCUCACUGGCUCUGCAGAUAACAGCUGUCGGCUUUGGGACUGUGAAACAGGAAAGCAGCUCGCCCUGGUGAAGACCAGCUCUGCAGUGAGGACAUGUGGCUUUGACUUUGGAGGAAACAUCAUCAUGUUUUCCACAGACAAGCAGAUGGGAUAUCAGUGUUUUGUGAGCUUCUUUGAUCUCCGGGACCCCAGCCAGAUCGAGAACAACGAGCCUUACAUGAAAAUCCCCUGCAGUGACUCUAAAAUCACUAGUGCUGUGUGGGGCCCUCUGGGAGAGUUCAUCAUCGCAGGACACGAGAGCGGCGAGCUGAACCAGUUCAGUGCCAAGUCAGGGGAGCAGCUUUCAAACAUCAAGGAGCACACCAAGCAAAUCAAUGAUAUUCAGACCUCCAGGGACAUGACCAUGUUCAUCACUGCCUCCAAGGACAACACAGCCAAGCUCUUUGAUUGCACAUCACUUGAGCAUCUUAAGACAUUCCGGACGGAACGACCAGUGAACUCUGCUGCACUUUCCCCCAUUUUUGACCACGUGGUGCUUGGUGGUGGGCAGGAGGCCAUGGAUGUGACCACAACCUCCACCAGGAUUGGCAAAUUCGAGGCGAGGUUCUUCCACUUGGCUUUUGAAGAAGAGUUUGGCAGAGUGAAGGGUCACUUUGGUCCCAUAAACAGCGUUGCGUUUCACCCCGAUGGGAAGAGUUACAGCAGUGGGGGUGAGGAUGGAUACGUUCGCAUCCAUUACUUCGAUCCCCAGUACUUUGAGUUUGAAUUUGAAGCUUAAAGGAGGAUUUUCCUCUCCACUGCUCUUCCCUCCAAGCCAUCAUCCAGUCCAUCAGCUCCAGCACUGAACUGUUGCAAGGUCUCACCAGAGGACACAGUUAGUAGCAACUCAGGGUCUGUGUGAAGGUGGGGAACUAGAAACCCAACCAGCUUGGAAGGGCAGGACUGGCUUUGACAGGAGGUCGAGUGAAGGCAAGGAGGGGAGGUGGGCUCCUGGGGGACACUGGGCAUAGUUAUAUAUCAGAAGAGGAAGAAAAACAUCAUCAGGAAAUAAACAGAAAUCUUUUAUAAACCCAAGAAAAAGCACCUCUGUGGGGUUUGAGCUUUUUUCCCAGUCUAGAAUAAAAUUAACCUGAGCUGU